UUAUGAACUGAAUCACGGGGUCGGAAAAAUAUCCAUCCGCGCCUACAACAUCAGGAUUUUAGGAACAGACAAAUUCCGUGCGUAUUGGAGCUCCAGUUUUACUGUAUUCUGUUUGUCUACAUCUGGUUGAGCAAUUUGAACAGAACAAUUGGUGUUCAGAUCAAGGUUCAGUGACAUAUCUACAAGGAUAACACUCGGGAGGUGCGGAAAAGCGGCUGUGACUGGCGAAGGUUGUUAGUGGAUAUCCCGGGUGCAUCUGAUGACUUCAGACGGGGUGUCCGAAGGACCGUCUGCUGGCGAGCCGCAACUCCAGUCGGGAACACCAACACAGAAAGGACCACUGGCAUUGAAUCCCAACGCGAAGGCCUGGCAAAGUCCCAUCACGUCCUCCACCCCAGACUCUGGCAUCGGCAGCACGGAAACAUGGCAGGAGUCCGGGGAGCAUGCACCACCAACACCUGUGGAUGUGUCGGUUGAUGGAUCAACUGGAGAAGACAUCUUCCCCUUGAAUGGGGACAUCAACGACAUGCAGCCAGUUGCCAUGUUUCCCUCGUCUCCGAACCCUACCAAGAUAACUGACCUCCAGGACUCCUCGCCAAGCGGAGUCAACUCCCCCCCGGGGAGUGUCAGCUCCCCUCCCAGCAGUGAAUAUGCCUUCCCAUCAUCCACCUCGGCAGGACCAGCUGCUGCAGGUGAAGGGGAGGACAGCCAGGGGGCUGCAACCAUGAGUCAAGAGGAGCUGAAGAAAGUUCUCAAGUAUCAGCUGGAGUACUACUUCUCAAGGGAGAACCUGGCAAACGACACUUACCUGGUGUCCCAGAUGGACAGUGACCAGUUUGUACCAAUCUGGACUAUAGCAAACUUUAACCAGGUGAAAAGACUCACCUCAGACAUGGAUCUCAUCAAGGAAUGUCUACAAGAAUCUCCAAUGGUACAAGUGGAUGACAAGGGAGAAAAAGUGCGACCAAACCAGAAACGCUGCAUUGUCAUUCUACGAGAAAUUCCAGAGUCAACACCUCAAGAGGCUGUGGAGGGUCUGUUUUCAGGAGAGAAUUGUCCCAAGUUUUCUACCUGUGAGUUUGCCCACAAUGACAGCUGGUUCAUCACAUUUGAGUCAGACACAGAUGCACAGAAGGCAUACAAAUAUCUCCGUGAAGAGGUGCGGGAAUUUCUUGGAAAGCCCAUCAUGGCUAGAAUAAAGGCCAAGCCUUUGAUGCUGGGCACAGCUGUACCAAAGAAUGGGAUGAAGAUGCCAGGUGUUGGACCUCAGACAACAGCCAUAACCUCGGAUCCCAAUCUCUACAACAGACAGCAGGGUGCAGGUGCGGGUGCAGGUGCAGGUGCGGGUGCAGGUGCGGGGGGGUACGGUGCUUUCCCACCAUAUUCAGCACCUCCCAUGUACCCGGCCAGUCCGCAGGCUGCUUACAUGUUCAACACCUUCUCCAUACCACAGUGGGCAACAAGUCCACACUUCUUUAGCCCAGAUGUGUUGUCCCAGCCAAGGAAGAAUUUGAGGCAAUAUGAUCUGACCCCAUUUCAAAGCAAUGGUUUCCCUGCCUCACCAACCUACAAAACUCCCAUCAACACCUCCAGUCCGAGGGGCCAUCAGGGAAUUAGGAAUAGAAUGCCCUUUGUCUUCAGGAAAGGUGUAUAUUUUCCCAGGACAUCUGGUGUAAAGAUGCACACCCGGUCACAAACCAACCCGGAGAAAGUCUCAACAGACAAGCUACAAGUCAAUGUGGAAAAUGGUGCUGCGAAUGUGAGACAGCCUCUGGACAGGAGUGGAGGGGGCGGCAGUAAUGGUGGCAGUGGGAGAAUAUCCGGUGCUCGGGGAGAGAUGAGACUUGACAGGGACCGGGAAACGGGUGGAGGGUACCAGCGCCGCGAGACAUCGACUUCCUUCCAGACACAGGAGACAAACGGUCAGCUGGGGCGAGAUUCAAGGAGAGGCUAUGGGAGAGGUCCCAGAAGAAGAGGGAAGGACGAUGACAGAAAUCCGCGCCUGAAGCAAGAUUCCCCCACAAACAUGCGGAGGGCACCUUCUCCCAAGUUUGAUCUGACAUCCUCGUCAUUCCCACCUCUCUCAGAGACCUCGAUUAGCCAUAACAAGCCAGUAGAGGAGGUUUUUGACAGCAGGAUGGCAGACAUUGUUAAACAGCCCCCAAAGCGUAUCCAGACAGAAAGUAAGGCCCAGAUGCCAGUGGUGCAGACAAUCCCAGCCACGCCCACCUCCCCGGUCUCGCCUCCAGCCAAGCAGCCUGCCAGUGUUCCCAUCAUGUCCAACGCCAUGACACAGACUCCCCCACUCACCCCCCCAGCCUCACCUGGCCAACCCAAGCCUGUGCCUGGUGCUCCCCAUGUCCCGGAGUCAUCUCAGAUUCCAGAAGAGAAGGCUGUGCAGUCACAAGGGAACCAGCAGGCCACACAGACAACCUCUACACAAACAGUCCAGGCCAACGAGAAUGCAUCAGCCUCCAACAACAAUAACAAUGAUGAUCAGGUGAAUGGGACCAUGGACGAAAACUCCAUUUUGGCUCAGCCAAAGACACUGGAGACUUAUGCCAGCAUCGCCAGACGACCCCCCAAGCCAGGCCAGGCCCCGCCCCCAGCAACAUCCGCCACCACCACAGCUACCCAGACUCAAAAUGCAAAUGCUGCUACAAACUCCACCCCAAAGGAGCAACAACAACAACAACAACGUAGGCCUUCCACCCCCCCACUAACCAAACCGCCACGCAAGUUGUCACCACCCCCUAAAGAGCAAAGAGUUCGUGAGCGUGACAGAGAGAGGGACAGGCGCGCUCCCUUCCCCGUACGUAAUGGAAGGGAUUCUUACAGACAAUCCAGAGAGCGCGACAGGGAACACCCACGGCAAUCAAAGGACCAGAGACUGAAAUCCACUUCCAGUUGACCAUUGCCAACGGCAGGUUUCAGCAAAGAUGUGGUGUUAAUCUGACGCCUAUACUCGCACUGAUAGGCGUUUCUUGAGAUACAAGAUCUGCUGCUCAAGGUCCAAAUCUGCCAAGUCCAGAAGUAAAAAGUGCUCCUGAAACCCAAACUAUCCCUUCCAUUGAUGGUGCUGGCUCACUGGAAGCAUGAUCUCAUUAAUCAAUGAGUAUCAGCCAAUACAUAGAUGAGUUUCUUAGGCCCUUCUUUAAAAAAGUCUACGAUAUGUCGCUAUUAUUUGAAUCAGGAACUUAAAAGCUGCUGUGCUGAAGCAGACUUGCAACACAGUGUAGCAAUUCAAUGGGAACAGCUUGAUUGAGAAAUGCACUGCUGUGUACACCAGUGCUGGAGCUUUAUACUAUGAUAUGCCAGCUCUAGGCCAGCAAGUCCUUGUUCACUCAAGAUGUGUGCAAGAAUUCAUCUUCUAAGUACAUGUUAUCUUCUGAGGCAAGCCAUGGGGUGCAUUUCAUCUUGAGGCAUGUAUUCAGAUACAUGUUGCCAGCUGUGUGACAUACACUGUCUCUUGACAGCUAUAUUAGAUGAAAAAUACAAAGAAAGGUUUGCAUAUUGUCCAUGUUGGGUUUAUUUCUGUUUGCAGCUGUGUAAGGGACUCAAAUAGUAAAUGAAAAAUGUUUGUAUGUUGAAUAUGAUUACCUUGUGCAGAACUAAGGAAUCAAUGUUGCAGGUUUUAUGAAGUAUUUGCUACAUACCAUGCAUUUUCUAUCCAGUAUUUCCUCCCCGAUGUGCCUAAAUCUGACCACCCUCUUUUGUAAAUGGAAAAUGUCCAUGUAGUUUUAGUGAGUCAUUGGAACUUAGCAAGAAAAUAAAGAGAUACAUUUCCCUCUCUUACAAAAAAUGGGUCAGUCACAUAUCUCCAGAACACAAAGCACACAAGUGAAUGACCAAACCAUUCUCCAGCAGGGGGUUGUCGGGCACUACAAAGAAAUACUGGUCUAGUGGUUGUAGCAUACACACAUAACCCCAAUGUGCCUGAGUGGAUGAUACAUCUUUAAUGUAUGCAAUGAGGCUUCCAGUGCUACUAUUUGUCUCUGUAUACUCUUACUAUAGGGCUGAGAGUUAUUGUCCCCAGCCAUGGGGAUUACAUUUAGGCUGUUGAGGGGUUCGAAGUCCGUGCCCAUGUGCAUAUGCCAUGUAUUUCAAUAUAGGAAAUGGAAUAUUGUUAAGUGCAGGGUAGAUUGAAUGUUUAAGGUUGACAUAAUAUUAUGUACAUGUACUGUUGAUCAUGUACAUUUGCACUAUUUAUCAGUCUAUUAUAUGAUACAUUUCACAAUAUCCCAACUAACUGUAGAAGCGAUGGCCAGCAAUCUUGCACAGAUUUCGAGCCCCGUUACAGUAGCAUUAUGUUGACUGUGACAUGGAAUGCUAAUAAAAACAAAAGAUACUUUAUGUAGCAAUUGUAUGUGCAAUAUUUAUAGAAAAAGAGAAGGGUUGCCUUACACACUGGAGAAAGCUGUACAUACUAGCAAUUUGAUUGUUUAGAACCAAAAAUUAUUUGAUCAUCUACCAUGUAACUUUGGAGGCAAGAAAUGCAGUGGAAGCCUGGAGGGAGAUUGUGAUGAGUGUGCACAUGUAGCCUUGCUCUGUGUCUCAGGUGCUUGCCUGGAUAGAAGAAAGGCUACAGCAUGGAAAGAAAAUGUUGAAUGAAAGUUUUGUUAAUCUCCAAACAGAUCCUAUGGUAGCACAAGAUAGUAUCAAAAGCUGCCAGAGCAAUGAAGCCAUCUUAGGAGAGUGUAUGCUCCGGUAGGCUACCGUAGGAUCUGCUUGGAGAUUAAGGUUCGAGAGCAUGAAAAUAAAUAAAAAUGUUUGAUAAAGGUUUUUGAUUGAAAAAUAUUUUGUUUAUCUUUUCUUUGAUCAACAUACGAUUUGUGGUAUUUUUUUUUGCUGUUGGCAAUCCUAAAUGCAAAAGCAGAUAUCAGGGCAGACAGCCAGUGACAGUAUGCCAAAUGACCCUUCCAUUGUCCUCACAGUUACAUGUGUAGCUCUGACUUACAAAAUGUUUUGUUUGUACAUAAAAAGUGUAACAUGUUUCUUGGUUGAGGAGAUGUAGAAGCUGAAAUUAUUUUUGGAGUUGAUAGUAGAUAAUAACUGGGUGGAAAUUGAGAAUACCUUGUGCAUUACAGCUUUUUUACUAAAUAAUCCUCUAUGGGAAGUGUGAGUUCUUGAAGUCUGUUCCAUUUGUUGGGUCCCAAUUGAAACGAUUGCGCAGGCUAUAAAUUAAGUAGCUACACAUUUUGUGAUCCGCAAAUAUCUAUUUUCCAAGAAGUUUGCCAAAUUGUUACUAAGAAGAUACAAGAAAAGUAACGGUCCCAUAUUUGCAACUACUUGUUGCUUAUGCUGUAAGAAGUACAUUUCCAUGUGUGAUUGUGUGUACAUUUACAUGUGUGCUUCAGUAUGGGAAGGGGUAAGUUAACUGCAUGGCUGCCUGCAUGCUGUGGUUAACAUUGUUGAGAUUUGAUUUGUUUGCCAAUUUGUGUAUGAAAUAAGAAAUGUUCAAUAUUGUUAAGGUGUAAUAUUUUAAGUUUGACCUUAUGUAUCUAUUUGCAUGUAAUAUUAUUUUUCCAGUGUGUCCUGGUUACAGCAGAAUCAAGUACAAAUGUUACUUAAACCUAUGCACACUCAGACUGGCCAGACUGUCAUUCCUUGUAUGUAAGAUAUACAAAAACAAAUGAAGAAUAUACGAAUCAGAUGGAGAUACAAAUGCUUUAUUGUUCCAGUCAAAUACUGGAAAGGCUCAAAGUCUAUUCUUACAUCUGCAAGUUAAUGAGAACAUCAGAGUUUAGUAUGGUUACCAGGACCAAGAAAAAAGUCUGCUUUCAGAUAUAUUGUAGCUAUUGGUGGCUUUGACCUGUACUUGUGUGUGCAGCAAACGAACUAUACAGGAAUGUAUGAAUUAGAAAUCAGCAUGUAUGUAUACAGCAUACUUGACUUCACCAUAGACGAGUAUGGGAGAUAUUAAAUAAGUAAAUACAAGUGGCUUAUGGGAAAUGCUGCUUGGUUAUGUUUGUUCAUGUAUCAACUCACCACCAGAACAACCAAGUUGAGAAACAAGUCCUUGAAAUGUUGCAUUUUUCUUGUUAAUCCACUAAGUCCUGAACACUUAGCAGAUGUACAGUGCUGGUCAGUCUGGGUUUGGUAUGGUUUGUAAGCUAAGCUUGGAACACAGGACAAAAAGGACUGGUGCCCAAAGUACUACUAAUACUAGUCAUUCUCCUUUACUUAAAGUGGCCUUUGUUGCAGAGGGCCAUUGUCUACUGUACAUUGUCCAUUGUGGAUGGUACACUAAAUAGAUGUUUCAUUAUUUGACUUGCAUGUUGUACAAGAAAUUUAUUUGAAAAUGUUUGUGACCAGUCAAGUUGAAUUCAGCGAAUAUAUAUGAAUAUAACAUUAUAUAUAUAUAAAGUAUGAUGCGCACUGCUAAGUUUUCAAAGUACAUUGUGGUGCUGUAAAUGGUCAUUUUUGCUGAGAAUCUUGCAGUACAUGUUCUCAUAUUAGACAUUAGUGGCACCAAUUAUGGGGUAUUUUGUUUUCAUUUCUGUAACUUAUUUGUUUUUGCUUUUGUUUAUAUAGUUGGUGGUUAUUCCAAUCUUGAACUGUGCAAGAUUAGUGAAUUGGCUUUCCUCCCCAGAUUCAGCUGUACUGCUGCUAAUGUUUUUGGAUAUGAAAUGAAAAAAAUGUUGGGUGGCUGUCAAUAUGGUGGUGGAUUGUGGAGACGAAUCCCAGCAGCAACAUUUACUGUGUACAUGUGUACUUCUGGUAUUGACUGUGAGAGAUGGAAGUCGUGGAAGUUUUCAGACAAAUACAGUGUAUUUCACCAAGGAGCUUCAUUUCGCACAUGCAACAAGUACAUUGUCAAUGAGGAGAGCUUUUCUUAACAUCAGCAGUAAAACUUGCUUUUCUUUACUCUCUCAGGUGUUCUGAUUGUAAAAUACUGGUGUUAGGUUAUGCUGUCAUGUCACUUCAAGCUGAGACAUGAGAUGAUGUUCUGUUGUUGAGGAACUGACCUUCAGUGCCUCUCUGGUACUUAACAGCUUAUUGAUUAAUUUUAUUGUACUUUGUAUGAGAGGAAAAUUGCCAAAGUAACUGGUGUAAAAGGAAGUUCCAUGCUAUGCAGUCACUUUCAACCAUCUUACUGGUGACGUACUUAAGUCACAUGACAUAGGCUAAAUAAAAAUGAUUUUCGGUUCAGUA